UCUCACUAAACAUGCUUGAAGUUUUCACACCUUUUACAAUGUUUAACCGGAUAAAUCUGCUGCUGCUGCUGCUACUUUGCCUGGUCUAUCAAAGUGGAAACACUCCUAAAUCUUUGACAGAAGAAAAGGGAGGCAACGCCACAUUGACAUGUGAAUUUGAGGCCAGAAAAUAUUUUAAAAUUGAGUUAACUAGUAAGUCAGAAAACAUCCCUGUUUGUCAGGAGAAAAACUGUUCUGGCCGAGUAUUUAAACAAGAAGCCUGUGACGUCAUCAUCAAAGAUCUGAAACUGAAUGACUCUGGGAAAUACCUUUUGAGAGCCUAUUACUAUAAUGAUCAAUCAGAGGUGAAGCAUAAGGAAAGGACGUACCAACUUCAGAUUCGUGACGAGACUACUGUGAAAAUUGGUGAGGAGCUGAAGUUGCAUGUUCUGUUUUCCAAUGCUGAUAAAGUGGAGAAAAAUUCCAGUGGAAAGUGGAGUGAAGUGUGGAAUACAAGCCAUGGGGUUCAGAGUGAACGAAUGAAUGUCAGUGAUGGAAACCUGAUCAUUAAUGGGUUUACGGCCCAUGAUGCAGGAACAUACAGAGUUCUGGACGCUAAAGGAGACAUCUUGAUCACAGUGACAGUCACAGAAACAAACAAGGAAACAAAUACAGAAAGGGACACAGAUGGACAACAUAAGCACCGGAUUGUGUAUGUUUUAGUGAGUUUGGGGAUUCUGGUUCUGGUUCUGGCUGUGAUGAUUGGUGUCGUCAUAUGGCGACGUCGGAACAGACGUUACAUACAGGCUCCAGUACAGGAGAAUCCAGAGCCCCCACAGGUACUGGGGAACCUAUAAUGAUCUUAGCUGAACAUGAUUAAAGUGCACAUGGCCCUGAGCACCUGAUGAUGCAAAUUACAAAGUUACUUAUGAAAUUUGGCUUCAGAGCAAACAAGAUUCUGUCAACAUACUUCUACAGCUAGGGUGUGUGAUAUACCAUCAGCUGUAAUAUUGUAAUUAAUGUUUUUUUGGUAACACUUUAUAAUAACUGCACACUGAAUCAUUA